ACAAGAUGGCGGCGGCCUGGUCUGAGCAUUGAGCGGGUGGUGCUCGAGUGCGAAGCACCGAUAACGCAGCUCCCUCCGCGUCCUUGCUUCUUAUUACAGCUCAUGGCGGGGGGCGAGGGCGGCCUCGGUGAGCUGCUUCGCCCUUCUCAUGGACCCCCGCAGCACCUCUCCCAGGGGAUUCCCGGGGAGCUGCCCCAGGACAGGCCCAGCCUGCAUCAGCCACAGCUCAGCCUGCCUCACCAAGAAGAUAAGCAGGAGGAGGAAGAGGAAGAGGAGUCACAGCACACAGAGGGUCAGUUUGAUGGAGUGUUGGAUGAAGACACUGUGGCCGAGGGUCUCCACAAGCUGGGGCGCUCAGCCCCUGGUACUGAAUAUGUUUAUCUUAACCUGUCGCUUUCAGGUCGUGAGUUAAGUGACAUUAAUAUUCUCUCCAGAUACGUUCACCUACAGAAUCUGGAACUUUCAUAUAAUAAAAUUAAUGAUCUUUCUUGUAUUAGUCACAUGCCUUACUUACUACAACUGAAUGCUUCCAACAAUGAAUUGACUACAUAUUUUGGUUUUAAACCACCUAAAAAUCUCAAGGAAGUAGACUUUUCAUACAAUCAAAUACCUGAAAUGCAAGAUUUGUCAACAUACCAGUCACUUACUAAACUCUUGCUGGAUUAUAAUAACAUAGAGGAGGUAAGAGGACUGGAGAAGUGUCACAGUCUGACUCAUCUUAGUUUGUCACACAACAGACUCACUGCAAUCAGUGGCCUUGAGAACUUACCUAUCAGAAUACUCAAUCUGAGCUCUAACCAGAUUGAGAAGAUAACUGGGUUGGACAGCUUGAAGACUCUGCAGAAGCUGGACCUAUCUAGCAAUAAAAUAACUAGUCUAGAAGGCUUGGAGGAACAUGAUCUACUAGAGAUGAUCAACCUAGAGGAUAACCAGAUUGCCGAGCUGCGUGAACUUGAAUGUAUUGAAGAUCUGCCUCUCCUCAGAGUUUUAAAUCUUUUGAAAAAUCCUGUACAGGAGCAAACAGAUUAUUGGCUCUUGGUGAUUUUCAAGUUGCUCCAACUAACAGAACUGGAUCUCAAGAAGAUUUCAGUGGAAGAAAAGGUUGCCGCUGUGAAUAAAUAUGAUCCUCCUCCAGAAGUUGUUGCUGCUAAAGAUCAUAUGACUCAUGUUAUGUAUAGCAUGCUGCAGCCCCAGAGAAUCUUUGACAGCACUUUACCUAGUCUUGAUGCUCCCUACCCCAUGCUGGUAUUAGCUGGCCCUCUGGCCUGUGGUAAGAGAGAGCUUACUCAUAAGAUCUGCAGACAGUUCAACAAUUUCUUCAGAUACAGUCCCUGUCACACUACCAGGGCAGCUUACUUUGGUGAAGAAAACAGACUUGAUUACUAUUUCGUUUCUCAAGAAGAAUUUGACAAAAUGGUGAACACGGGGAAGUUUAUAGCAACCUAUAAAUACAGUGGCUAUUACUACGGACUUGGAAGAGACACUGUAGAAUCAGUUGCCAGAGAGGGUCUUGCAACCUGCGUUCACUUAGAAAUAGAGGGUGUGCGUAGCUUGAAAAAUACCUACUUUAAACCCCGAUAUAUCCUGUUAGUACCAAUGAACAAAGAAAAAUAUGAGGGACAUCUGCGGAGGAAAGGAUUAUUCAGCAGACCAGAGAUUGAAGAGGCAGUCUCCAGAGUGGACAUGUACAUCAAAAUAAGUCAGGAUUUUCCAGGAUACUUUGAUGCAGUAGUCAACACCGAUGAAUUGGAUGAGGCAUUCACAGAGCUGAGUUUUCUCGUAAAGACGUACCUGGGUUUGGAGCCACCUGCAGUUUUUGAUAGCAUUCAGGACUUGAAUAGCAAAGCAGGAGCAGGUUCAAGAAUACGGCUCUCACAAGAGCAAAAAUUGUCACCCAGCAGAGUAAUUACUGGAACUACUCGGUCUUCGUCUGUCAAUGAGUUCUUAGACUCUUCUGCCAAAAACUAUCCAGGAGGCAUCUCGGACAAACUUGCUGCAAAACUGAGUUCUGUGGAAGAAGCUUCUCUCCAAAGGCGUCAUUCUGCAGCACGUCAGGCUGUGUCAGGGAAGGCACCAAGUGCAUACGUCCAGCUGUUUCAAAGGGACCUGGCAGUCACUCCUGCACCGAGCAGCUCCCGUCAACAAUUACUGGAACCAACAACACAUGCUUCACUGCUCUCAGAUGGAAGGAAUGUCACCCAAGACCAGAGCUUCCCUCUGACUAACCCAGAGAGCCGCUGCAGAGAGUCUGGUCCCGCUAGUGGACUACUUCUAAUCUCAGCUGGUGCACCUGCUGCUGAAGCUCUGCCGGUUAGGACCCCCGUUUCCCGUGCUCGUCUCACUGAAGAAGCCAAAGCUGAGCAUCAAGAUCCAAGAGGAGCUGAAAAUGGAGUGGACAGAUUGAAAGAGACUGAAUUCCCUAGUGACGAUCUUCACAGAAAAUACAGCAAGUCCAAGACUGGUUCUUCUCACGUGCCUCGGCUCAUCAGCUGGCCAGGUUCCCACUCCAAACCUGUCCUACCUCCAAUCCCCUCUGGGCGGAAGAGGACCAACCCUUGACGGCCGCUACUAGCCAAGUCUUUGUCUUGAAUCUUGAUUCUACACUGAAUCUUUCUAACAGGAAUACUGAUUUUUUAUAUAUUUCUCUUCAACAAAGCAAAGUCUGUCAAAUAUUAUUUCUAAAUCCAUUUCUGAUUAACUCUGCCCCAAAAAAAAAGUUGUUUAUUUAUACCUUUAUUAAGAAGUAAUUUCUGUAUUUCCCAAAGCUAGAAAUUAUUUCCCUAGGCACUCUCAGCUGGGUAGUGGCGUAGAUUUUUUCCUAAUAACCACAUGACCAUAUCUUCCAUUAAUUUCUCUCUUUCCUCCCCCUCCUAUAUUAUAGAUUUAAUUGAGGUGUGGAAGCAUCGGGACCUUUGAUAAUAUUGUCUAUAUUGUAGCAGUAGUGAAUUAUUUUGAAGAGAGAUUUUGUGAAAUGUUCAGAGUUAAGUUGGGAGUGAAAACUAGUUCCAAGUCUUUUUUUUAAUAAAAACGUGGUUGUUUGAAAGGAUGAGACAUAAUUCUUUGAUUUGCAAGUGUAUUUAAACAACCUAGUAAGGAGUCAUCAGAAAAAAUUAUUAGAAUUAUUGAGAACUAGCUGAACCUGUAAGUAGCUUGUGAAGAUUUGGUUGUCUGUAUGUGGACCAAAGCUCUAAGUAAAUAAAACUCCUGAAUUAAUGUUUGUCCUGAUUAAUUUUCAUUACCAUCCACUUACAGAACAGAUAGUGGGGCCCCUUUGCCCGAGCAGCUUCCCCCGAGGAGGGUCAUUUGCUAUUCAUAUUACAGCGUGGGUCCUCAGAGGUUUUUGCACGCACAGAAGAUACCACUCGUUGCCACACUGUGGAGUCAUGUCCGUGGAAGAGCUCUGGUUUACCUCAUCAUGUAUGUUCAGAAUGUGACCAAGGGGUUUUGGUGUUUAAAUAGGAUGAACUGAACGAAGCAACACAGCUCAUGGUAAGUAAUGGAUAGAUUCGCAUAGCCUGACCUUAAAUUCUAGUGAAGCCUGUAAAACAAAUCAGCCUUUUAUUAAGCAGUUUCCUUUCCAUAUAGCAGCUGGCUGUAUCCUCAAGCUGAAGAACAGCAGUUCUUCCGAGGCACCAGUUUUUUAUCAUUGAUUUUGGCAGAACAAAAAGCAAGGAUGCUCCGGGGCCUGGGUUCAGAAGGAGUUCAGGCAGCCGAAGCUGCAGUUUCCAUCUUAGUGGGUUUUUCAGCGAGGUGGGUACCUGACUGCCACCAAAACCCACCUAACCUCCACAGUUUCUUCAGCAAAUCCCACAGGGCUCUUCGCAGCCGCUUUGCCUCUAUAAAUACCAGGCUGGCCUGGCUGUUACAGCUGGCUGCACGGUUGGUUGAUGUGGACGCUGAUGAGUAUAUCAGUUUUUGCUGGUUUACAAGUGAUAGUAGUUUUGCCAGCGCUGUGGUUAAUGACUACGUACCAGGUACCUUGUGGUUCAAACACAGCAGGGCCAAGGGUGAUCAUGCCUCAGUUAGGACGGCAGCACGGUCAGUGCAGGUAAAUCGGUUUUCUCCUGGACACUAACGCAGAAACCCGUGUUGAGGGCUUUGCUGUGCAUUGCAGCCCGGGUACAUACAUGCGUCUGGAAAAUAAGGGCAGUGGGUGUUGGGUGAUAACCCAGUCACAUCGGUGUCUCUUUCCUUUCGCUUCCAUUCCUGCCCGGUUCUCCAAGCCAAGACCACUUCCACAUUCAGCUCUCCACUCUUCCCUUGGAGUGGUUACUCCCUUCGUGUAAAACAGAACAAAACAUGACAAGUUAUCCGUGAAUUGUGCUGAAUUUCCUCUGCUUGAAGUCCACAAUCCUACAAAAGCCUUGUACAUCUUAAGCGAGUAAGCACAGCGAUUCAAACUGCUCAAAUUUACAGGAAGAGUCUUAAACGUUAAGCUCUCCAGUGCAGGAAUUGCAUCUCUAUUUUGAUUAUAUAGAGCUGAGCAUACAGGUGGAAUAUAAAUAUGUUACUCUUAUUUCCCACUGGUAAAAAGAAAUCAUUUGUUCUUCUGUGAUCAGGGUAUUGGUUAGCUUACUUGCAUUUGUAUCGGACAAAAAAAUGUUUGAAGAGGAUCUCCUAUUUUGCAAUCAGUUCUUGGGCCCUGAGCUUUCAAAUACUUCCAAAUGUGGCACAUUCAGUGGGGUUACACACGCGGUCCAGCGGAAAAGGACCUUGCGUGGAAGUACGACGUCAGAUUUUAAAAUUACUGGGAAGAAGCUGAAUUUGCUGAAGUCAAUUCAGCAAAAUACUUGGUUUCUUGCCUUCCCUCUUCCCUAAGUUUAUACUGCCACAUGCUUUUGAUUGCUCGUUCCCCAGCAGACCACAGAUCGAAUUGCUAACCCAAUUUACGAGGUUCCCGAAAACAACUGCAUUAUGCUGACCUGCCCUUUGUCUACUGCACCCUGAAGCGCGGAACAUCUGGCCGAGUUCGAAGGCAGAAGUGCCGUUGAAUUGCCGCUAUGUAAUAUUUACGUUUCAUUUAGCAGAUUGUGAAGCUUUGCUGUUCAUCGUUUUUAGUUUAGAGCGUUUAUUUUUGGCCAAAAGUACAGAACUUGUAACUUGGUGCCUAUAUAUUUAUAGACUGGCAGAUAAAAGUGGGGCUGUUUCAGGGAACUCUGUUUUUAUUGGCAGGGAGCGUGUUUGGAUUACAGCAGAGUAACACCUUAAGUUAGUCAUAGUCAAACAAGUCUCUGAGUCUUGAAUUUUACAGAGGGGAGUAUAACAAGCUGUUUAAUUUCCCUUUUUUAAAUUAAACAUUCAACAUUCGAUAAAAUCAGUAACUGUGCUUGCUGCCUUGUGAAUGCAAAUGGCUUUACCAGCCGGAGGA